GCGACUGAAGCAGGUGAGAGGGAGAGAGAAAGAAAAAGGGCAGAGAGAGGGAGGGAUAGUCGGUGAUACUUUUCUGCACUUCAACACACACAGGCACACACAUUCGGUGUGGGAGGACGACAGACUCGGAGCCUGAGCAAAAGCCGCUGUUGUUCACACGCUGUGCUCUUUUCCUCCCCCUGGCACCGUGCGCGCUCGCCAAGCCGCACUGUUUGGAGAUAGUCCGCGCGGAAAGUUUUUUGGAGCAUACUGUCUGGAGCCGAUUAAUUGUGGCAUCUGUUUGGUUUUUUUUCUUCUUUUUCUGCGAGGCGGAUGACUUACUUUUUUGCAUGUGAGGACUUUUAAGUCGAGCUGAGGAAUUGUCAAAGUGGUGUUUUGCACAGAAUGGAAGGUAAAUUGACAAGUCGUUUGUGGCGAGGAUCACCGUGUGGAUCUUUCUGCAGGUAAAACGCGCUAUGACCUGAGCGUGUGAGCGGCUGGAUUUAACGCACAGAAAACAAGGUUGUCCAUGUUUUUGCUUUGACAUAGUCUAGCUAUAAUCUGGGACAGUUUUUUACUUGGAUAGGGACUAUAAAAGUAGGCCGCUUUCAAUUAGAAGAGAAUCGACAAUCCGACGUUUCCGCCAGUUGACACUUUGGGCUGCCGUAGAUGGUUUUAUUUGUUAAUUCUUACCGCAAAGUCACGCACUGAUUCGUUAAAGUAACUGAUCAUAUCCUUACACUGUCUUUGGACAUUUUAUACAUCCCGCUGCUUCCUACGAGCCCUCUAAACUGUUUGGCGCACGGAGCGCAUUCACUGAUUUUUCACCAAAAUACCAAACCUGAAGAACUCUGAGCUUUUUAGCGUCUCCUCUGUCCUCAAACCCCAGCCAAGCACUUACCAAGAAAUCCGGAUAAAACGACGAGACUUGUCUUCACCGCAGAGGAAAGGGAAAUCUUAAAUCCACCUGGCCUGCUGAAGGAUUAUUGGUUUGAUAUCGUCUGCAGAAAGUGGAUUACAACUUCUAACGGGCUGUGCUCCCUGAUCGUCGGCAGUAUGAACCUGGGGUUGGGAUGUGUGCGUCGGCCGGUUUGCUGGCCGUUUGGCAGCCUGUUGGACUCCAGACACUGUGUCUUUGCCCUCACGCUCCUCACACUCCUCAUGCAGGUGGUGGUGGGGGCCAACUCAUGGUGGUCUCUGGCCAUGAACCCUUUACUGAUCCCAGAGGCGUACAUCAUCGGUGCCCAGCCUCUGUGCAGCCAGCUGGUGGGCCUGUCGCCGGGCCAGAAGAAGCUGUGCCAGCUUUACCAGGACCACAUGCAGUACAUCGGUGAAGGUGCCAAGACCGGCAUCAGAGAGUGCCAGUACCAGUUCAGACAUCGGCGCUGGAACUGCAGCACGGUGGACAACUCCUCUGUUUUCGGAAGGGUCAUGCAAAUCGGCAGCAGAGAAACAGCAUUCACUUAUGCCAUCAGCGCAGCUGGGGUGGUGAAUGCGGUGAGCCGUGCCUGCAGAGAGGGGGAGCUCUCCAGCUGUGGGUGCAGCCGUGCGGCUCGCCCCAAAGACCUGCCGCGAGACUGGCUGUGGGGCGGCUGCGGAGACAACCUCAACUACGGCUACAGGUUCUCCAAGGAGUUCGUGGACGCACGCGAGAGGGAAAAGAGCUACGCCAAAGGCACAUAUGAGAGCGCCAGGCUGCUGAUGAAUCUUCACAAUAACGAGGCUGGAAGGAGGACGGUGUCAGACCUUGCCAACGUGUCCUGCAAGUGCCACGGGGUAUCAGGCUCCUGCAGCCUGAAGACCUGCUGGCUGCAGCUGGCUGACUUCCGCAAGGUGGGCGAUGCGCUGAAGGAAAAGUAUGACAGCGCUGCUUCCAUGAAGCUCAACUCGCGUGGAAAGCUGGUACAGAUGCACAGCAAGUUCAACGCUCCCACGAGCCACGACCUGGUGUACAUCGAGCCCAGUCCAGACUACUGCCUGAAGAACACAAGCACGGGCUCCCUGGGCACUGUGGGGCGCCUUUGCAACAAGACGUCGGAGGGCAUGGAUGGGUGUGAGCUGAUGUGCUGCGGCCGCGGUUAUGACCAGUACAAGGCCCAGAUAGUGGAGCGCUGCCACUGCAAGUUCCACUGGUGCUGCUACGUCAAGUGCAAGCGCUGCACCAAAAUCGUAGACCAAUUCGUCUGCAAGUGAGAAGCGGAGUGUUGCCUAUGUGUGUUUGCUUGCAGAUGAUGGGCAUACAUCUGUGUGUAUUCGUGAGCAGAGGAGCAAAGGAGCUGAACACAGAGAGAGAAUGGAAGAAAGAAACUAUAUAAAUUAUAUUUAUAGAGUUAAACAAUUAUGCCAUUGCAAAAAGACUGACUUUUUUUUUUUUUCAAAAAAAAAAAAAAUCUUAUGUCUUCAGAAACUGAGAGUAUCGUGAAAUAUUUAUUUUAAGAUUGUUGUGUUUUAUUUUGGCCCAGUCAUCACCAGCCAAUUUUAACCCAUUCAAGUGCCUAAAACGGGCUGGAAAUCUUCCCCCCACCCAACCCCCGUCCUUUUUUAUUAUCAGAAAAUGUCAUGUUUCUUGUCAGAUGGGUCACACUGAUCGAGAAAUUGGACUGCGCUUCCAAUUUCCUAAGAUGAGUAGUGUUUUGUAUUUUGUGGCAUAGUUGAAUAAGAGGUCCUAGUUUGUUGUUUGAGAGUGAUUGUGUCGAGAAGAGAACGCCUGUGUGCCAUAGUCGUGUAUGGAUGUGUUUUCAUGGGCCCAGUCCCAAACCAGCCUUCACAUCCUAACCGGAGUCUACUUGUCCCCUCUCACCACACGUAGAGUAAGGAACACUGUCGGUUCAUGCAAGUCCUUGGAAUACAAUGGGUACAAAAAGAGGGCUGUUUUGGGGAUUGGGCCAUUUAUUAAGCUGUCCCAGAAGCCUUAGAGUUCCCCAGGUGCUGCAACAAGCCCUCCACCAUUAUGCACUUUGAUACAGAGGCUUAAACCUGUCUGUGCGUGUCUGUUCAGCUGUUUUUUUUACUACAGUGCAUCAGCAAAUAUAUCAAUAUUAUAGCCUACAUUCUUUUCCAUAUUAAUUCAGAUUAUCCAUUUAACAUUAUUCUACAAUACUUAAUAUGGUUUGAAUAUAUAUGGGCAAUGUUGUGGUUACAGUGGUGAAAUAUUCCAUGUUCUGUGUAUAUAGUAUGUCUAUCCAACCAAUCAGUAAACUGUAUUUAUUUCCUUUAACCAGAUCCUCCUCUAAGCUUUAAACAGAAAGGCAUCUCCAAUAUAGAUCAACAUAGUCAUCCUCAAGCAUCCUCAAGCUUUGAAGUCACCUUUUAAAAAUUUACUUUCUCACUAAUGCGGCUCUUCACUGUUUUUUGUUUUUUUUUUGUAAAGGGAAAUGCACCUUAUUGUUUCGACACAAAUUGUUCCUUCUCACUCAUGUUCAGCUUUACUGUUAGACACAUAUAUACGUCACAGAUGUUCAGAUUUUUAUCGUCACCACAGAUUUCCAGUACCACUCAGUUAAACCGCUCACUAUCCCUGUGAUGAUUCUCAAUAGACAGACUAUUUCCUACCAAUCCAAACAUGUAUAUUUAUAAGCUUCUCCAUGAAUUUGAGGUUUGUUAAUGUGUUAUAGCUGAUAUUUUGUUACUUUUUACAAAUUGGCUCAAUGCUCUACUUUGUUUCAAUAAAUAUCAAAUGUAAAACCAGCAGAGGAGUAUACUCUUA